AUGAACUUGAAAACAUUUGCCAUGCGCAUUUUCCAACAUUGCCCGCUUAUGUCUUCAUGGUCUCAUUACCAUCAUGUGGCUGCCUUCCAGGAAUUCCUUGAUUACAAGACACGAGUGCCGGUCCGUGGUGCGAUCAUGUUGAACCAUGAUAUGGAUGAAGUUGUUCUUGUCAAGGGUUGGAAGAAGGGUGCAAACUGGAGUUUUCCCCGUGGUAAAAUUAACAAGGGCGAAAAGGACCUAGAUUGUGCCAUUCGUGAGGUCUACGAAGAGACUGGGUUCGACGUUCGGGAGGCCAACUUGGUUAAAAACGACGAUGAUGUCAAAUACAUUGAGAUUACUAUGAGAGAGCAGCAUAUGCGACUCUACGUCUUCAGAGGUGUGCUCCGUGAUACUUACUUUGAGCCACGUACCAGAAAGGAAAUCAGCAAGAUCGAGUGGUACAAGCUUUCAGAGCUGCCAACGCUGAAGAAAAACAAACAGCAUGAUGAAGGACUCGCAGUCACAAAUGCGAACAAGUUCUACAUGGUUGCCCCGUUUCUCAGUCCACUGAAGAAGUGGAUAGCGCAGCAGAAGAAGCUUGAUGCGAGAGCCCAGCCUGGCACAAAUCAGGUCUCACACGCUGAGGGAUAUCUUUCUGUGGAUGAAAAUGGCCAUGCCAAUGGCACCCCCGGGAUGCCCCUCGCGGAAAUGGCUAUCCCAUGUGAUCUACCUGAGGUUACAUCGGCGCAAGAUGCUUCUGACCACCUCAAACGCCUUCUGAAGAUUGGCGCCGCACCAGCGCAAACUCUUACACCAGGCCUCGAGGCAAGUCGGGAUUCUACUGUUGACCCGUCUAAGGCGAGUGAGCUUCUUGCCUUAUUGCAGCGUGGACGUCAAGAGACGUUCCAUCAGGGGUCUCGUAGUAAUUCCAUGGCGCCACCUCUUACAAUUCAGUCCAACGUCCAAUCUGCAGAACAGCGGCCUCAUUUGGGCCCUAAUUUCUUCCCCGGCUUCCCUCAGCAGCAACAGAACAUGGGUCCGUCUCCUUUCAUGCGGCAGAACUCGACACCAUUUCACACUAUUCCAUCUCAACCUCAUAUCCAGCACUCCCAGGAUGGCCCACAUGUUCUUCCUGGCAAUGAAUUCCCGACUCCUGCGGAUAAUUGGUAUCCUAAACCCCAUGCGAUACCACAAUUCCCUCAAACUACCACUAUGUCUCAAUACCAGCAUCAUAAUCAGCCGCCUAUGGCCCCUAGUGUUUUGAACCCAAGCAAUAUGCCCGCGCCGUUUCAACGAACAGGUGACCCUGAGUUCUCUGAAUCCGCUCAAUUGUCUCAAACUCGGGGCCCAGUCGUCCCUCCUGCGAGCAAACUGCCUCCACCAAAGCUCACAAGCCACUCCCUGGCGCUAUUGGAAGCCUUCAAGGUUAAGACUCCCAAGGGUGUGGGUCUAGCGACGUUGGCGGCUCCUAUGCAGGGCUCUUCCCACGCGCGUACGACGUCUCAGCAUCAGGAGAGUCUUUUGGGUUUGCUCAAAGGUCCCCAAACUGCCCGUGUGUCUGAACCAGCGGAAUUGUUGGGCAACCCUGUUGUGCCCUCUGCGACCCCCUCCAAGAAGCAAAUUCUUCAGCGUCCUCGCAAUCAGUACAAUAAGCCCAUGCCCCCGGCUGGUGCAGUGAAGAGUCCUCCGGGACCAGGUCGGGCAUCGGCUACCGCGUCUGGACCCUUGAACAUUACACAAUUUGAGACAUUUGCCAAACCGCACAAGUCAACCGUCGGAACAACCCGAAAGAACUAUGUAAAUAGGCGGGAGCAACCCCUGCAACAGCAGCUAUCCUCGCCAAUUACCAUUCUCUCACGACCUCCUUCUGCCAAACGGGAGGUGUCCUCGUUGACGCCCGUUGCACAAGCCACCCAGGUUCUGCCUGCAAAGAUGCCCGAGGCGCCUGAGCCUAUCAAGAACUUCCAACCACAGAUUCUACGUCGAUCCGAAAAACCCGGAUAUGAAUCAUUGAUGGCGACAGCCCCUCAAGCAGAAGCUAUUGAACGAAAAUUGAGUUUGCCAGGUGCUGAUUCCCAGGGUCUGUCCGCACAGGGCAACUUUGACCGUCGACCGAGCCAAACUGCUGAGCAGAAGGCUUCGCUUUUGUCUCUCUUUAGCAAGACCCCUGUGUCUCCGACACCCGUUUUUGCGACCCCCUUCGAUCCCCGAGCUGUCAACCAGCAACCGGCAGCUUACUCGGGAUUUGUCAGCCCGAUGUCGUCCCGCAACCGUCCAAGUAGCGGAGACUCUAUCUCACGUCACGGUACGCCAUCUGAUGGUGGUGCAUACACUACUGGUCCACAGGUCUCCUCGCCGAGCAACAAGGCGUUCUUGCUUGGGUUCUUGGAGGGAGUGGCCAAGGGCAACAAGUAG